GUGCUGAUAAUCCGCUGUAGCGCUGAAAAACCCUGUGCUAGCCGGUGGAACCAUCGAGGUAUUCUGCAGGUGUAACAGUUCUACGGUGCGAUCAGAGGAUCUGAACAUUGUGAAUUGGCUAAACUACACAGUAGAAACGCAACCCGUCGACGAGUUUACCAUCAUGUUCAAAAAAGAGAAUGUCGAUAUGCACUUUCAAGUGCAUUGGUACUGCAGAUAUCAAAAAACGGAAGUGUCCAAGUACCGGGUGACAAUAGUGCCUUUAAUCCAUAUAGACGAAUUGAAGUGUCAUUUUCAACCAAACGAAACUGGUUUAUCGUGCGACUUCAGCGAGGAGGGCUAUCCAAAGUACGGUGGGGAAAAGAGCUACUUCUUGAGUGUUAAUCAAAUACCGCGCGUCCACUGCUUAAAAAAGACUCGCAGUAACACGAUUCAAUGCCCUAGCCUACCCUUGAAUAGAACAACUAAUCAGUACAAAUUAAGGAUAGAUAUGGAGUGCAAAGGAUACAACCAGACAAAGGAGUUCCAACUUGGCUUCAAACAAGUCCUUGCGCCAGAAUGGCCCACGGGUAGGCUGCAUAUCUCGCUUGAUCACACCAUACACCUUUGGUGGUCCGGAACUGACUAUAGUGCCAAAAACUUGGAGUGGCGAGUCUGGUUUUUGCCACGUAACCCAAAAAUUCAGAAGCAUUUCAUCCAGAGAAAAGUGCGAUUUUCGGCUGUCCCUAUGAUGAAAAUUUACCAACUUACAAGCCCAUCGUACGCAUAUCAGACCUAUAAGAUGAUUAUCUCGCGACGCUAUCCCUUUUGGGAUUCUCCCUGGUCCUCCGAUAUCGAAACUCCCGAAUUUGUAACGGAGGCAAAGUUACCCGAUCGACCACCUGAUAUACUACCAAAUGGAUUCUUUUACGAAACGAAAAAUCGGAAUCUGUACGUUUAUUGGCUUCAGCUGGACGAACUGGAGUUCAACGGACCGUAUUUUACGUAUUAUGCGAUUACGGAAAGAGGCAAGACGGCAACGAUCUUGAGCAACAACUCCGCUCUCUUUCGAAGCUGGGAUGCUAGGCAGCCAUCUAAGGUGACCGUAUGGAGCCAGAAUUCGAAGGGAAGGUCGUUAGAAAGCAGCAAUCUACAAGUGCCUAUUCUAACGAACUCAAUAGGACGUCAGCCGAGGAAUUUGUGGUACCACCAGGACAAUCAGACCAUAUCCUGGCUGCCUCCAAUUGAUCAAAGUGAGCUUAUUGGAUACACCGUGUCGUGGUGCUCGGUUUCCAUCAACAGUUUGCAGAUCUGUGAUGACCACGAGCUCAUCCAAUUUAAGGUCUUAGAGGAAUCCCAGCAUCAGUUCCAAUUCAAAGGAUCCAUGGUGCUACCAAACGUGGCCGUGGCUGCUAAUUAUAUUCACAGCACCAGCGGUGGAAUGCAGUGGAUCAGUCCCAGGUGGAUGGGUCACCAGGAAUACAUAAGGACCUCUGAACUACCCCUAUAUAUUGUGUUCGCUGUCGUCGCUUUACUUGGACCGAUGUACCUUCUAUUCCGGAAGCUUCGACGCAUGACACAAAUCGAAGUAGACAUCCCUGAUAUUCUAUUUAAGUCGAUGGAGCCGACGAAUGAUCCGAAGUCAGAUCCUUAUAUUAAAACUGUCGUUCCCGGAAACUUUCCUCCAAAAGCCGUAAUUGAUAUCGCAAAGCUAUCGGCCGGCACCUAUGUCAAACCAGAUCCCCAAGUAGAGCGCAAUCCCUACGUGCGCAUGGAUGGAAUGGUUCCGUAA